AUGGACUUUGAUCUACUGUUGUUCCUAAAGGAGAUUCAACUCCAACAUGGGCUGCGUGCCGAGGACUAUGCACGUUACCGGUGCUACACCACGAAUCGGCUCUCAACACUUCGUAGUCAGCUUGGAAUGCUGCAGAAUACAAAGAAAUUCCAACAGAAGGAAGUUACGCCUCAUAACGCGACGAAGCCCGAGCACUUGCAACUGCUGAUUCUCUGUGCAGAGAGAUGUUGGGCGGCUGCGGAAGAUAUGCAGGAGAAACAUCGCACCGCCAGCAGUGCUGAAGGGACCGAGGCAAAGCCUCCUGGCGGUAUUCCACCGAAAUGUCAAUAUAGGAAGCGGCUGAACAAGUCGGUAAAGUGGGCUACGAAGCUGCAGGCCAUUGCGCAGGUUGUUGCAAAUGAGAGACUUCAGAAAGAGGUUUCGGCUUACGUACUGGAAGUUAAGGGACGUGCGGCUGCAGCACAUGGGCUAAUGGCAGAGGCGAGGGACCACUUCCGUGAUUCCCGUGAGCUGUACUACGAACUGCGGAAGUGUAGCAACCCUGAGCAGCUAUCGCUUAUCUUUUCGAAGGUAACGGAGUUGGACGAUCGCGUGGUGUUCUGCAUGCUUCGACUGGGUGAGGAUCCCUCGUCGUACAAACCAAACCUUAGCCUCGAGGACACUCCCGAAAGCAUUGGCGCCACUACCAUCGAAUGGAAUAACCGGCAGCUAAAUGUUGCCUCGAUUAAAGUGAGGGAUGCGUUGCGGGGUGCACGGGCGGUCAAUGUGGAGGCAGCAAAGGCGAAGGCGACUGAGGCCAGUUCUCUCAUUCCCGUCGGGCUUCAGAACCGAGCACUCGACCUUAUGGACCGGCGCAUUGGAUCUCUUAAUGACGCCUUAGCUCAUGCCCGCAAGGACUUGAGAACGCUUUCGGAUGAGAAACAAAAGACGGAGCUACAACUUUUGGUGCAUUACUUGAUAUUCCAAGUCUCAUACGAAACGUUGCAGCGUACUCUUUUCAUGGUGGAGGUGCACGCGCGCCGUUUUCAUGCAACGGAGAAAUGCCUUAGUGGCAAUAACGUUGAUCGCAGCGCCCGCACUGUUAGCGUAAUUUCCGGAGUUGGCACUGGUGGUAUUGCUGGUGGGAAGAGCCGAAAGGAAAUCCAGCCAUCGCAAUACGCCUCUCCCAUGGAGAUUGUUCGCCUCUACGAUGCGGCGUUGGAAACGAUUGGAGAUAUGGAAAUGCUACCCGGUGUCGAUGGUCGAUCUGACGUGGAAGAAAACUCUGCCUUAUGCCGUGCGGGCAAACUCCUGUAUUUAGGGGAGAGCUGGCGCAUUACGAAGGAGAGCGAGCGGGCUCAAAAUUGCUACAAGGCCGCUCUGUCAGUUCUUGACGGGAUACCAUCGACACCAACUGUAGAGAACUUGCGCCUCCUCGUGGAGAAAUCCGCACUUCGUCUCGCCUCAUCAACUUUGUUGUCUUCCGUGGCGGGGAUUGGAGAGGAAAACAAGAAGCGACAGGCCUUUGUGCCCUACCUUGUAGAUGCGGGUGAUGAGGUGGCAGUAGCGCACAAUGUCAUUAAGUUUCCACCAGAUUAUCAGGCAGUGCCGUGUAAACCUGUUUUUGUGGAUAUUGCUUCCACGUAUGUCGACUACCCAACAAGCGAGGCCCCCGCGGCCGCCGAAACAAAAGGAGACGGGGCGGAGGCCGCCGAUGAGGGGUCGCGUUGGAAGUGGAGUUGGGGUUGGCGUAAGUAA